AUGUCUUCACCCCCCAACAUCUAUAAAUACCACUCCUCUUCCUCACUCUCCUCACAAUCUUCCUUCUCUCUCAAAACCUCCAACAAGUGGAUUGCGGGCGACGAGGCAGAGAAUCGAUACGCUACGGUAGACGGAGUCGACGAAGCGAGCGCUACGGUGCUACAGCCGAGGCGACACAGAUCCGAACCCAGCGCCGAGGCAAACGAGUUGUUUGCGUGUCGAACUCCGACGCCGGGGGUGGUCGCGAAUUUUGGCGAGGACGAAUUCGCCUUCUCCACGCCGAGGUGGUGCGACCGAGGCGAGUUCGGUUUGACCGAGGUGGAUUCGACUGAGGUGGUUAGAUUCGAUCGAGGCGAGUUCGGUUCGACCGAGGUGGAUUCGACUGAGGUGGUUAGAUUCGACCGAGGCGACUUGAAACGCCGAGGCGGAGGUUAG